UUAGAAAUGAGCUGUCUUCAUUUUGGAUUUAGAAUACAUGUAUCAUUUUGCAUUUGAAUGUAAUAAGUUACAUGAGUACAGCAUACAAAGUAAAAUAUUUUUUGAAUUAUGUUUUCUUGAGAAUGAAAAGCAGUCUAUAUUGCACAUCUUUACCAACUCCCAGGACCAUGGAAAACUCUACUCACUUUAAGGUCUUCAGGCUUGCUGCAUACGGUAAUAUCGGACAAUUGAAGUAUUGCUACUUUGCUGUAGUAACUGUUUUAUAUUUUGCCAUCAUUCUUGCCAAUGCUUUGCUUAUUGGAGUUAUCUGCAUUGAAAGAAGUCUUCAUGAACCCAUGUAUCUGUUUCUAUGUGCUUUGUUUGUUAAUCAGUUGUAUGGGAGCACUGGUUUGUUUCCUACUCUCAUGUUUUACUUGCUGUCUGACACACAUGAUAUUUCCCUUCUCUAUUGUUAUCUCCAGGUUUAUGUGUUGUACACAUAUGCUCUAACAGAAUUUAGUCAUUUAGCAGUUAUGUCCUAUGACAGGUACAUCUCUAUUUGUUAUCCUCUACAGUAUAACAAUAUUAUGACACCUAAAAUAAUUUGUGGCUUAAUUCUGCUGUCGUGCUCGUCUUCUUCUUUUCUCAACAUCAUCAAUAUCUCCCUGAGUUUGCGACUGCAAUUUUGUGGUAAUGUUCUAGACAGACUGUAUUGUGACAACUACUCAGUAAUCAAGCUUGCCUGUUCAAAUACUACUAUGACUAACAUAUGGGGUCUUGUUGUCACUGUGGUUUAUCUUUAUUGUACUAUAUUUCCUACCAUAUACUCAUAUGUAAGAAUUCUACAGAUAUGUUUAAAGUCUUCUAAAGAGACGAAACAGAAAGCAUUUAACACCUGUACACCACAUAUAGCCUCUUUGCUGAACUUCUCCGUUGGCUGUUUAUUUGUGAUUCUACAAAGCAGAUAUGAAACUGCAGAUCUUCCACCUAUACUUCGCACUAUUUUAUUAGUUUAUUUUCUGAUAUGUCCACCACUUUUCAAUCCUUUAAUGUAUGGCGUUAGGAUGGUUAAAAUCAGGCAGGCUUGUAAAAAGGUACUAGGACUUUACCCUAAAACAUAACCUGAUAGUUCCUUUUUCUCAUGUUGAAUUAUGUUCUCUUACUUAUAGUUGCUAUAAUUGAAUGUAAAAAUCACAUCAAGUUUAUAGAGCAUGGCACUUGUAACGCCAGGCUAGUGGGUUCGAUUCCCGGGACCACCCAUACGUAGAAUGUAUGCACACAUGACUGUAAGUCGCUUUGGAUAAAAGCGUCUGCUAAAUGGCAUAUAUUAUUAUUAUUAUUAUUAUUAUAAUGUAUUGUAACUGAGAAUGUUUUGUGUCAUAUUAGCUAGUUAACUGCAUAACUACAGAGCAUCAAGGGGUUGCUACCCUCCCUACCUUCAGACUAUAUUCAAAUAGAUGCUGAGUGGGAUCUUUGGGAAGACCCUACACCCCAACCCAUUCUGCCAGAUCUGGACUCUUGGCCCACCUAACUUCAGGACAGCUGUGUCCCUGCGCAUCUUCCUAAAAUGUUUGUCAUCUUGAAUUGUUUCAGUUUUCAAGUUAAUUUCCUGCAGUUCUACACGUUUUGCCAUGAGGCAGAAAUAAAGGGAAUCUCUCACGAAGGUUGUGUAUUGCAGGUUUUUUCUGCAAUGUACAUGUAAUGAGUGCUUACUUAUUCUGCCAGUGAUGGCUUAUGACCGGCAUGUCUCCAUUUCUAUUUUAUUCCAUAACCAUUUUCUCUCACUUAGCAGUUGUUAAACUCUCCUGUGUUGAAAGUGCACUGAGUAACCUGCAUGGUAUAUGUAUCAUAGCAAGUUUAAUGGUUUUAAUCUCUGUGUAAGUUGUGCUCUCAUAUACUUGUUUGCUUGAAAGCCUCAAAGGAGUCACAAAAGUAGGCUUUUAAUACAUGUGCUCCCCACUUGAUCACUUUCAUCAACUUCUCUACAGCCAUCCUUUUUUCUGUUGUUUACAGUAACAGAGAUAUCAGUAUAGUUUAGCCAUGGGGGAAAGAUAUUCUAUGCCCGUGCUACAGAAUGCUAUAUUGGUCCGCUAAUGCAGGACAGUAAAGGCCUAGUGUGCUACUUUUGUGAGAAAAAAAGUUAUCCAAAAAUAUUUAUAUUUGUUAUUAAUUCAGAUUUUUCAGGGGGUGCUGCAUCACCCUCAGCACCCCUACUUCCUGUGGCUAUGUUCUGUUCCCACCACUGUUGCACCCUAUCAUAUAGGGAUGAGAACCAAGAAGAUCAGAAAUCUGAACCUAAACUGGUACCAAUUAUGACUUUAGUUGGUACAGUAGCAGGGCCAGGGUUACUGGUUUGAAUCCCAGGACUGACAGGAAUAUCUGUCAAGAUGUGAGCUGCCAGAACUGAAUGCUUAUACUGUACAUUUGUUUUUUAUCAUCAACAUAAUAGUUUGUAUUGCAUUUUAUUUCUGUAAAUGUAUUUUACUGUCAGAGAACUGUAGAGCACUGUAGUAAAGUCAAGUCAGGGAUGCUGCUGUGGCUCUGACCCUAUGUUCUUCUAGAAUGUCAGUGGAUAUGUACUGUAUGUGUGUUUCAGGGGGGUUGGGGAAAGGGCAAAAUGAUGUGAGGUUCCAAUAAGUUCUGGAAGCACUAUUGAGGCAAUCUCCAUUUUAAAGUAGUCCAUUUUUUUCUACUACUUCUACGAGUUUUCAAACAAACUGGAAGGGUGCAUACUGCCACCUGGACAGUGUUUUUUAAAAACAGGUAUAAAGCCCAGGUUGGCUAUUUACUGCCACCUGCAGUUAUGGAAAGUUUGCUCAUAAGUAUAAUUCAUUGUCUGAUUCCCCAGUUACUACUUCAAAAUGGUGAAGGUCCUCAAUGACACAGCCCAUGCUAAAACUGGAUUUUGGGCACUACAGUCCUCUAUCUACCUCUAUGGUUACAUACUUUUUGGACUGGUCGCUGAGCUAAAGAUGGAUCAGCCCAUCCAGCAUUUGCCCUAACUACCUGGCUCGUCUGUUUCUGCUUAAUUCUUAAAUAUAUGUUCACACUGUCAUUUAAGCGCAGGUGUUGUUUAAUACCACUAUCCAAUGAUAAUGUCCCUGAGAGGAAAAGAUUGUGAGUUGUGUUCGUUUUAACAUAGAGAACCGCUUACAGCAUAACAUUCUAAGUGAGUGGUUCCCGCACAAGGUGUCGGCACUACCUCUCCCCAAAAAAACUGGGUAGUGCAUCAGCAGUACCUCUUGUUAUGUUAGUCAUUGCAUACCUUAGAGAGCUAUUUACAACUUGUCAGAAAUGUACAGAUCAACUAGCCCAUGUCAGCUAAUGUAUUUGUAUUUAUUUUUUGUCCAUGGAUAUUGUCGUAAUUGUUUAGUCACUCAAAUAUCACAUGAAUACACAUAAGACAUGGCAAAAUGUAUAGAAUUGCAAGAACAUUUGCUUUAAAUGCAUUUUCUUUGUACCCGAUGACAAAAUGUGUAGAAUUGCAAGAACAUUUGCUUUAAAAUUGCAACAUUUUCUUUGUACCCGAUGACAAAAUGUGUAGAAUUGUGUAGAAUUGCAGGAAAUAAUCAUUAAACUUGCAAAAUUCUCUCCAUCAACAACA